AGGUGCGCCCGGGGACGGCUCCGCGCGGGAGGCAGUGGGGUUAAUCAUUGCCAGGCGGCCUUGACCCCCAGCCGCCCCUGCGGCUCUGCUCCCGCCCCCGCUACCCCACACGCCAGCUCACGGAAGCCAUGGGGCGCCGGGCCUGGGUCCCCUGCCCCUACCCCCGACCCAGGCUGUGCCCCCUCCUGUUCCUGCUGCUGCUGCCGCCUGGGGGGGCGCAGCCUGAGGCCGGCAGGAACUACACAGAGCCCCCAGAACCCAAGACCACAGCGACCCCUGGGACCCCCGUGACCCCGGCGACCUCCGUGGCCCCCGAGACCCCAGCUGCCAGUGCUCAGGAGACAGAGGGACCCCGAGGUGGGGGGCUCCCGCCCCUGCCGGGUGCAGUUCCGCCGAGCAGUGGCCCUGGGGGCCCAGUGCUCACGGAGGCCGGGCAGCCUUGCAGGUUCCCCUUCCGCUACGGCGGCCGCAUGCUGCACUCCUGCACCGCGGCGGGCAGUGCCCACCGGAAGUGGUGCGCCACGACUCACAACUACGACCGGGACCGGGCCUGGGGCUACUGCGUGGAGACCCCGUCCCCAGAGGGUUCAGCUGCCGUGGAUCCCUGUGCCUCCAGCCCCUGCCACAACGGGGGCUCCUGCUCCCACUCCCAGGACCCCGCGUCGUUCCACUGCACCUGCCCCGUGGCCUUCACCGGCAAGGACUGCCGCACAGAGAAAUGCUUCGACGAGACCCGUCACGAGUACCUGGAUCUGGGCGAGCGCUGGGCACGCGUGCACCGUGGCCACGUGGAACAGUGUGACUGCGUGGGCGGUCAGGCCCAGUGCCAAAGCGCCCACCACACAGCUUGCAUGAGCAGCCCGUGCCUGAAUGGGGGCACCUGCCACCUGAUGGUGGCCACCGGGACCACCAUCUGUGCCUGCCCACCCGGCUACGCGGGGCGCCUCUGCAAUGUCG